CAAAUUUCUCAAUCUCAUAGUUUUUGAAUUUGAUCUUCACACAUCCACAUGGAUUCACUCAGAGUCUCAGCUGCAGUAAGACUGCAAGACCCAUUUCUGAUGUGAAGGUAAAACCCUAAUUUCUUUCUCAACUACACACACAAGCUAUGCACAGCACAUACUUAGGCUCAACUAUAACUCUUAGGAGUAAAGGGUCUCUCUUUUUUUCCUUCGAUGAUCAUUCUUACUUGUUCAAUGAAAGAUUUGAUAGAACCCCAUUAACAUCAUCAUCAUCAUGUUGUGCUUGCUGUGGUGCUAAUUUUAUCCACGGGGUGCCCAUAAACCCUGGUUUCUUGUAUGGGUUAAGGCAGUCCACUUUAAUUCAAUGGGCUCCUUCUAGGAGGUUGAUAUUGGGUGCUGGGGACAGGUAUUAUUGCCGGCUUCCAGAUCGAGGUUGUUAUGAGGUGUGUUGCACUCUCAAGGAAAGGAGUGGCAAUGGGGGAGGUGGGAGGAGGAGAAGGGGGAAAAUUGAGUGUAUGGUUUCGGAGGGGAAGAGUGGAAGAUGUCAUUUGGGUGGUGAGGCUGAUGCCGAGGCAGUGCUCAACUUGUUGAGUGAGGAAGUGAGUGAGAGAUGUUAUGGUGCUAGAGAGACACAUGGGAGUUCGUAUGAAAGAGUGCGAGCGGAGAAGAGAGGCGAUUUGGGUAAUGAAUGUUACAGGAGAAAGAAGAAAAAUGUUGGGUUGGGUUCUUUGGAGUGCAGUUCAAAGCGUGAAUCUCAGUCAAUUAUAGUUGGGUCAAGGGAAGAGGGUCAUAGAAGGAGAGAGGAAAAGGAAGCUUCUGUGAGAAUUGAAAAUCGGGGGCUACGGAAAGAAGGUUCUAGUUGUUCAUCUUAUUACUCACUUUCAUCUUUGGGUGACUCUGAGAGCAACACGGGCGAUAUUGAAGGCAACCAAGAAGCUCCGGUUAAGCAUAGGGGAAUUGUGAGAGAAUCAUCAAGUGGGUAUAAGAAGGAUUCAUGGAAGACUGAAGAGGGUAAUGUUGACAGUGAAGUGGUGGAGAAGUUUGAGAAGCAAAGAGAUGAGGCAGAAGGAUAUGGGGAAGUUGCCAAAUGGGGAAAUACUUCAGUGGGGUCUUAUGUGGUGGGGAGUGGUGUUGAGUGGGAGAGGAGAAAGAAGUCCGAGAAGAAGCUUGCUGAAGUAUCAAUCGAGCGAACUGAAUCUAUGGAGGAAACCUCAGAAAUGGAUUCAAAAGUAUCACAGAUCCAUGAAAGCGGUUUUGGAAAGUCUUCUGGCUACCGCAAGCAAUUCCAUGGCAGGGGAGAGAAGUUGACUGUGGCAGGGAAUUUAGACGAGGAAACAAGAAAGCAAUAUGGUCAGAAAGGUAAACUUGUCAUUGGACAGUCAGAGUCUGGAAGAAAAUACCAAAGGCUAACUGAAUCGUCAGAAGUCCAGGGUAGUGAUGUUGAAAGAACUUCUGGAUCUCAGAAGCAAUUCAGUGGCAGUGAAGAAAAUGUAACCACUGCUAAGAAUUUGGUCCAGGGAAGAGGAGAAGAACAUGGUAAAAAAGAUGCCCAUAUCACUGUCCAAGACAAAUUAAAAAGAAACUCUCAGCAGUUCAGUGAAACAUCGAGGACUCAAGAGGUAGAUGUCAGAAAUACCUCCACUUCUCUGAGGCAGUCAGGAACCACAAUGAAGAACUGGAAUGAAAAUUCAACUUCAUUCCUGGGCUCGGUUCAGGAGACAAAAGGGCAACAGCACCAAACAGGCGAAUGGAUCACUGGAGGAAUUAACUCUAGAAGAAAUUUUCAACAAUUCACCGAGAUCUCAGAUAUUCAUGAUAGUGAUAUCCGUAACAAUAGCAUUUCACAGACACAAUAUGAAACUAGAAUGAACAAGCAGGAAGGAAAUUGGAACUUGGUUUCCAGUUCACAUCCAGAAGCAAAAGAGCAGCACUUGCAAACAGAUAAAACAACUAUUAGGAGAAAUGAGUCCAGAAAAGGAUACCAAGAUGCCACAAGCAUGUCAGUGGUUCAUGCUAGUACUACUGAAACAGGUGCCAACCCUCAAAGGACUUCUGAAAAGAGAGUGAGCAAUCAAGAAGUUAAUUUGACGUCAGUUGUGAAAUCAGUUGAGGAAACGAGAGAAAGAUAUUAUCAAGCUGAUGAAAGAUUGGUGCAAACUAGAUCAAGAGAAGAGGUUGAAAAGCCUUCUAAACAAUUGCAUUUUAUUGAGUCUGCACCAGGGGAUUCCUCCAGUUCCCAAGCAUCUCUGAAUUUGGUAGCCCAGGCUAGAGUGCAACAAAUUGCUGCAGAGGAAAGAGAUAAGACAAGUUCACAGGCAACAUUGAAGCCUCCACCAUUUCAGUCGGUAGAAAGAGGUCCACUGCAUGUGGAACUGACUUCUGGCUUUGCAGCUCAAGAGGUUUCUGGUGAAACUCCAGAAAGUGGCUUUAGUGCCUCAUCUACACUCCCUCCAACGAGAAGUCCAACUUGGCAGCGGGAACCACAUGGUGAAGCUAGAAGAGGUGAAACUUAUGGGGAGCCUCUGAAUGUUGCCCCUGGAGAUGUAUUGGCUUCAGCUGAUCGUUUAGAGAAAUCCUCCAUGCACUUUGUGGGAGAGUUUGUUGAGAAGGUAAGGCAUGAUGUGUUCACAUCUGAAAUCCAAAAAGAGAGAGUUUCUGAAGCAAAUUUGCUGUACAAAGGUGAGGUCCCUGAGAAACAUAAGCAAAAGGGUUCGAGUCAUUAUGGUUCUGAAAACUUGCAGUUGAAGGAGCAUGACUCAAGGCGUUCAUCUGGGGCUUCUGGAACAAAGGGGCCUUCUGACGAAAUGUGGGAUGUAGCAAAUCCUUCUCUUCAGGAACCUCCCAAGACAGAAGCAGAAGAGGGCACUACAACAACUGGGACUGCCAUCGUAAGGAGAACUGGAAGGUCCUUUUGGAGUGUCAUUGCAGACAUAGUCCGAAUGCGGUGGGUCUCACAUUCUGAAACCCAUAAUUCAGCCAUGAAGUCGGGUGGAAGGAGUUCAUCAAAUGAGUCUGCUGGCAGUGAUGCAUGGUUUUCUGGUCGUGAGCCAGAUGAGCACAAUGACGAGAAUGCAAAAAGGGAAAAAAGAAGCGUGCAACAAGAAUCCAUAUCUAAUGAUCAGCCUCAACUGGGAAAAACUCCCACUCUAAAUCAAGGAGAAGGGUCUCAAGCAACAAGCACAAAGGACCAAAAAAAGCAUGCUGAACUGGACAUGCCAUCUUCUAGUAUUUUAGAAAGUGGCUUAGUGCUCAAAAGCAAUUCCUCUGCAUCUGGGAAGGAAAGUCUUGGUUGGUAUGAAAAUGCAGAGAGUUUUCAAGGUUCCCCUUCAAGCUCUGCAGUAGUGGAAUCAGCGUUACCAACACCCGGUAGGGACAUAAGAAGAUCUCCCACUGUGGAAGAAAUCUCAAGUAGUACUAAACCUGUUGGAUCUGGAAGUGGCUCAAUGGAGGGGAUGGAUCAAAAAGCUGAUGUACCAUUGACUGAAAUGUCAGGGACUGAGGGGAAAGAUGGGGAGUUGAAAAGGAGAAAACUUCAAAGGAACAAGCAGGUAUUGAAAGAUCAAUUUGAUGAAUGGGAAGAGGCAUAUGUACUUGAGAAUGAGCAGCGUAAGAUUGAUGAAAUGUUCAUGAGGGAAGCAUUGUUGGAAGCCAAAAAGGCUGCCAAUGCUUGGGAGGUGCCUGUUGGGGCUGUGCUGGUACAGCAUGGCAAAAUUAUCGCCCGUGGAUGUAACCGAGUGGAAGAGUUAAGGGACUCAACUGCCCAUGCAGAAAUGAUUUGUAUACGGGAGGCUUCAAACCUACUCCGGACAUGGAGGCUUUCGGAGACUACACUUUAUGUAACACUCGAACCAUGUCCUAUGUGUGCUGGAGCAAUACUACAAGCUAGAAUUGACACCCUUGUGUGGGGAGCUCCCAAUAAACUUCUUGGGGCUGAUGGCAGCUGGAUUAGACUUUUUCCUAAUGGGGGUGAAGGUGGAAGUGGCUCAGAACUGACAGAUAAAACACAAGCUCCAGCCCACCCAUUCCACCCAAAGAUGACAAUUCGGCGUGGGGUAUUGGCAUCAGAAUGUUCAGAUGCAAUGCAGCAGUUCUUCCAACUCAGGAGAAAGCAGAAGGAGAAGAAACCAGAUAUGCCCGCCCCACCUUCAUGCUUGCCCAUUUCAAAUCAUCCUUCUAAGUUCAUGACUAAGAUGCAUGGCAUCUUCCACAUGUUCUGUUUAUAAGGAAUGGGACAUGGCCCAUCUGUUUCUUCAAGCUUGUAAAACCAUGUUGCUACAUGUAUCUAAUUUUUUGUAUCA